GUUACUGCCCCAUACACACGCCCAAACAAUCAUUCACAUCGCUAGCUGAAACCAACCGUGACUGUAGUGACCGGCAUGCUCCACAGCAGAUGGUGGCAUUGAUGCAGACAUUGUUACACCAACCAGGCUAUGAGCUUCUCUGGACGUACCCGGCCAUGUUUCGCUGACCGCUGUUCUACCCUGACCACAGGUUUCAUUGAAAGGAAUCACGUUUGUAGAUUUGGACAUCAGUUUGAAGUUUGAAACCUAAAACCAACUCAGCUAGUGAUGGCGAACGGCAAGGGGGCAGAUGGUGCCCCGAAAAUGGAGAUGAAGAGAAACAUUGGACUCUUGUCGGGGAUUGGACUCAUCGUUGGUACCAUGAUAGGGUCCGGCAUCUUCAUCAGCCCUAAAGGAGUCCUGGAGGGGUGUGGGUCGGUGGGGCUCAGCCUCAUCAUCUGGACCAUGUGUGGAGUACUGGCUACUAUGGGUGCCUUAGUCUACGCCGAGCUCGGAACGGCCGUACCUCGAUCUGGUGGGGAGCAUGCGUACUUGAUGUAUACGUACAAGGGAGAUAAAAGCAGAAUCGGGAAACUUCCAGCCUUUUUGUUUGACUGGACUGGUCUGUUCAUUAUUCGCCCAACAAUGGUGGCCGUCAUCAGCCUCGCUAUGGGAACGUACAUUGUCAAGCCUUUCUACCCCGGAUGUGAUCCCCCGACUUCCGUCAUCAAGUUGGUGACUGCUGUCGGAAUGCUGCUGAUCACGUUUAUCAACUGCUACAGCGUCCGACUCGCCACAAUAAUACAGAACACCAUGACUGUCCUCAAACUGAUCGCUAUAGCCGUCAUCACUGUAGGAGGCCUAUACAAAUUAGCAGCAGGUAACACAGAGUAUAUAUCUGAGGGAUUUGAAGGAACUUCGCAGAAUCCAUCAACUGUUAUAUUUGCUUUCUAUAACGGCUUGUGGGCAUUCGAUGGUUGGAAUAGUUUAAAUUUUGUCACGGAGGAGUUGGAGAACCCAAGCAGGAAUCUCCCUGUUGCUAUCAUGGUAGGCAUACCAGUGACGACACUCUGCUACGUCCUCGCCAACAUCGGCUACUUCAGCGUCAUGUCUAAGGAGGAGAUAAUCCUGUCACACGCCGUGGCUGUGACAUGGGGUGACCGAGUCUUGGGCGUCAUGUCCUGGUGCAUUCCGAUGUUCGUGGCCUUGUCAACAUUUGGCUCCGUCAACGGGAGCCUGUUUUCGUCAGGAAGAUUGUGUUAUGUAGCAGGUAGAGACAGCCAUUUCCCCAAGAUGCUGUCAUUUAUUCAUCAUGAACGACUAACGCCUAUUCCCGCGAUGUUGUUUACGCUGACGAUAUCUAUUCUCCUCCUCAUCCCCGGAGACAUCUCCACCCUCAUCGACUGCUUCAGCUUCGCCUCCUGGUUGGUGUACGGCGUCACUUCAUUGUCCCUCAUCGUCCUCCGCUUCACGGAGAAGGAUCUACAUAGGCCCUACAAGGUACCCAUAAUUGUACCCGUGAUAGUGUUUCUAGCUUCAUGCUACUUGGUGCUGGCCCCGAUUCUACAGAACCCUGGUAUGCAAUUCCUCUACGCUAUCAUCUUUAUAGGCAGUGGUGUGUUCAUCUUCGUGCCCUUUGUGUACAUGAGGAUACAUUUCCGUUUUAUGGAUCGGUUGACAGAACUGUGCCAGAAGGUGCUGUUGUUACUACCAACCACACGGGAACAGGCCACGCAAUGACGCAUGUGUAGAAUUAGUAAUCGUAUCAUCGUGUAUGUGAUUUUGAAUUCAACUAAUAAAAUUACCGUGUAUCAUG